UGGAACUUUUUCUCGAUGCAUCAAUCCAUCCACCCUAGACACAUCUCCAUUGUUUGUUGCAGUCCGUUCUUUUGUUUGAUUCGCCUUGGCCUCAAGUAUGUCUCUCUCAGGAAUCUAUGGACCAGCCGGCGGCGGGGCCAAUGCUGGGAUGAGUGAACAAGAGCAGCAAUAUGUCAAGAUGAUGCAAAAAGGCAUGGAGUCAUGUGUUGUCAAAUCCAUUAUGGCCGGAGGCAUGGGUUUCGCCCUCGGCGGUGCCUUCGGUCUCUUUAUGAGCUCCAUGGCCUACGAUACUCCCUUAUCACCCCAAGGCCAACAGAUCACCUCUCUCCCCGUCCGACAACAAUUGCGGCAAGGUCUGAAAGAUAUGGGCGCCAAAUCAUUAUCUUCGGCAAAGAACUUUGGCAAAAUCGGCUUGCUCUACUCCGGCGUCGAGUGCACAAUCGAAGGAUUUCGUGCAAAGACCGAUCUCACAAAUUCGGUCAGUGCUGGAUGCAUCACCGGCGGAAUCCUUGCCUAUCCAGCAGGCCCCCAGGCUGCCCUUUUGGGAUGUGCCGGCUUUGCCGCUUUCUCCGCCGCCAUUGAUGCCUAUAUGCGCAUGCCGGAGAGUGAUUGAAGAGAUGGACAAAUACAUUACAUCUCAAAUGUGAUAUGGACGUUGGUUAUUGCCGGUCAAUACCUAGACCCACCAUGCACAACGUUCAGGCAACAGCCCUGUUGGGGAAGGAGAACAACAUCGGCAGAAUAUGGCGAAACUCUACUCCAGGAAACCAUGUACAACAUAUCCACUCUUCAUUGUGAAACCUCAAGAUUUCCUAAUCAGUCGGUGCCUCUGGCGUCGCAAGAGAUAUACAGAUCUCAUGCCACGACGACAUGGCCCUUCCUCGACGAGCCACCACACCAUGGCACUUCAGGCUCCACUCAAAUCCACCCAUUCGACGGCCAUUAUACGGCAACUACGAUAUAUCGAGCCAGGAACUGAUUGUGAAGACCUGAUACUCUAGGUCUGGGUUCCCUUCCUGGCAACCAACUCCCUCUGCCGAGCGGUUGUCGACAAAGCCGUACACAGCGGUGAUCACGGAAUUGAAGUCACAAUGCCGCCCGAGUUGUUGGCGCCAUCGAACCAUUACCAAGAUCGAACAAGGGUGUUGUGGGGCUCCUUGUCUGGUGAUGAAUGUGCUGAGACGAGGCUCCAACCAACCAAAUAGACAGCUCGUCUAAUAUGGCGAUAGAAGAGAUCUUGUUGUACGGACGAAGCCACUCAAAUAUUACGCCCUUGAAAGAGCCUGCAAACUCGGACACCUUUAUAUCUCAUCCCAGUGGCAGAUGCUACUAUUCUGUUGAUGCAAACGAGGGCGCUUCGUCACGUGCAUUGGCUCGGGUGUGGCAUGAGACGGAUUCAAAAUCAUCCACAGUGAAUGACCAGUCGUUUUAGCGACCUGCGCCGAGGAUCAUCACAGUGUAUCAGAUGUGCAGGAACGCAAACCAACUUCUAGAUAGAAUGGUAAACAUAUCAACCGAUCUAUUCGAUAGCGCAGUAUCACCUCUUUG